GUUCUAUCGUGGCGCUCGCGGGAGUCGCGGAGGGGUCGCGCUUCUCGUUGGGAAUCAUGAACACCCGGCAGCAAAGCAAACUUAUCUACUCCUGGUAUGGAAAACCCAUGAGCUCAGACAGAAAGCUGAGGACUUCCCAGUACAAGGGGAUCAUUAUCACCUCAGAAAGCAGCAGAACAGAAACCUGUAUACAACUUGGGGACUUUGUUCUAGUAGAAGGGGUGAAUGCAGAUCGGCCUUAUGUAGCACAACUCCUGGAUUUGUAUGAAGAUGGUGCUCAGCACAAACGUGCAGUUGUGCAGUGGUUCUGCCAUAUUGGAGAGAUACCUCAGAACAAAAGGAAGCUGCUUAAAAGAGAGGUUUCUCCCCAGGAGGUGUUUUUCGACCAAGUUCUUGGCUAUGACACUGAUAUAGAUGCCCAGACCAUCAUUAAAAGCAUCAUGGUAAUACCACUAUAUCCAGGGGAGGAACUACCUAUUACACUGAACAAGGAACAAACUUUCUAUGUAAAACAGUCUUGGGAUGGGAAAUGCUUUAAGGCUUUGUCCCCAGACACAUUCUCUAAGCUGAAAGCCAAGAAGAAAAAAGACUGCACCCUGGACUCAUCACAACCAUUUAUUCCUUCAGACACCCUCACACCCCUGAAAAAAGAGAGAGAGAGUGUUGUUAGGAGUGCCACAAAACCCAAAAGUGCUGAGCUGGGAAUCCAGUCAAAACAUUCUGCUUCCAAGUCCUCCCUCUCUAAGGAGAGGCAGUCACAGAGAGCGGCCAAUGACAUCAAAACCCCCCCAGCACGGAAGAAGUUGGAGUUAAGCAGUCCCACAAGAUCCAAAGGCAGGCUCCUGGGCAGUGAAGUUCUGGGCCUUCUGGACGAUGAUGCUGAUGCCGUAGCACCGUUAGAAUCAGCAGCUACUAAACGAAAAGUGACGUUCACCAGUGACGUUUUAGGCCCACCACCAAAGGUCCCUUGCAGCAGCGACAAAUCCAGGGCUGGAUCUGACACUGCAGAGCCCUGUCAGACGUUCAAUGACACAAUUCGAUUGUCCCCCUACACCAAGGCCAAGGACUGGAGUGAGAAAGCCAAGAACCUUCCCAUGGAAGAUGCCCCCAUAUCUUUGGUUGGACAUCAGAAAGGGGGCACUCAGAGCCCUGUGCUGACCCCUCGCUCUCGCAGAACGUGUGCCCAGAGAACGAGUGCUCUCAUUGCACAGCACAUCAGCGUGUUGAACCAGCAAGGUGAUCUGUCCAGCUCUGACAGUUCUUACUCUUCGAGUAGUGAGGAAGAGGAGGAGGAUGAUGUGCCCUGUACACCAGAAAAGAAAACUAAAUCAAGCAGAACAUUCAGCACCCCAACAUCUUCUAGCAAGUCUUCAGUUCACACUCCUGCAAAGACCCCAAAGAAAACUCCUUUACCAGGAACACCCAAGACUCCCCGGAAUGCCACUCCCGAAAUUCCCAGGCGCAGCAAUGCGGCCCAGAAACCAGCCAGUGUACUGGAAGAAGCCAGAUUAAGGCUGCAUGUUUCUGCUGUCCCAGAGUCUCUGCCUUGCCGGGAGGAAGAAUUUCAGGAUAUCUACAACUUUGUGGAAAGUAAACUCAUUGAUGGUACAGGAGGGUGCAUGUACAUCUCUGGGGUGCCUGGAACGGGUAAAACUGCCACCGUGCACGAGGUGAUCCGCUGCCUUCAGCAGGCUGCAGAAAAGGAUGAGCUGCCGUCCUUCCAGCUGGUGGAGAUCAAUGGCAUGAAGCUCACAGACCCUCACCAAGCUUAUGUGCAGAUCCUAGAGUUACUGACAGGUCAGAAGGUGACAGCAAGCCAUGCUGCAGUACUGUUGGCAAAACUGUUCACCACACCUGGGCCCAAGAGGAAAACCACAGUGCUCAUAGUGGAUGAGCUUGAUCUGCUGUGGACCCGCAAACAGAACGUGAUGUACAACUUGUUUGACUGGCCCACCCAGAAGCACUCCAAGUUAAUCAUCCUGGCCAUUGCCAACACCAUGGACCUGCCAGAGAGGAUCAUGAUGAACAGAGUCGCCAGCAGGCUGGGCCUCACCAGAAUGGCCUUCCAGCCCUACACCUACAAACAGUUACAGCACAUUAUUUCAUCCAGACUGAAGGGUGUGAAGGCGUUUGAAGAGGAUGCAGUUCAGCUGGUUUCCAGAAAGGUCGCAGCGCUGUCCGGCGACGCCCGGCGCUGCCUCGACAUCUGCAGGAGGGCCACAGAGAUCUGCGAGUUUGCCAAGCAGAAGAGGAGCCCUGAGAUAGUUGGGAUGGCCCACGUCACCGAGGCCAUCGAUGAAAUGUUCUCAUCGCCGUAUAUAAAUGCAAUCCGGAAUGCCUCGUUGCACGAGCAAAUCUUUUUGAAAGCGAUUUUAGCGGAGUUUCGCAGGGCAGGAGUUGAGGAGGCAACAGUUCAACAGGUGUACCACCAGCACAUGGCUCUGUGCAGGAUUGAAGGCAUGCAGAGGCCCACUGUGUCAGAAAUGAUGGCCAUUUGCUCCAGGCUCGGUGCCUCCAGGCUGCUGCUGUUGGAGGCCAGCAAUAAAUACCUUCACAUGCGGGUGCGGCUGAACCUCAGCCAGGACGAUGUCAUGUAUGCACUCAAGGAGGAAUAGGGCAAAAGAGAUUUUAUCCCUUUUACUGUGUGUCAAGGUUUUAAAUAUUGCCUAUUUUUAUUUUUUUUAAACUGUCCAUAAAAUGGA